AUGCACAACACGAUGGACGCGAGCUACGACGAUAUCCAGCUUCAGGUUGAAGUGCCUGUGCGGGUCUUUUCCGCCAAAUGUAAUUCAGCAAUAUCGUUGAUUUACUUCGACUAUUUCGGCAAGCCUGCGCAGAUCACGAUUCUCGCAGAGAACCAAGAUGGUUCGAGCGCCGACUACCAAGUACGUCGCAGGUUGCUACAUAUGCUGGCUCAGAAUCUCGAACCCAAGAGCAACUUUUGCAUGGCAGUAAAGUAUAUUCCCAUUGCAAGUCAAAUUGAGGUUGUGCUAAAAGAUGUCAUGUUGGAUUCUGUACCGUCAUUCUCAACAUCACUCAGUUUGGCGGGGCUCUACCCAUUGGAAUGGUUUUUAUCUAUGGGUCGCCGACGGUUUCUGCUGACUGAGGUCGGGCAUGGCAAGGUGUGCGUAGUAACAGAGAGCGGAUGGCCCGACAAGUCACCAGCGAUGGGAGACUUGCCUCCGUUACCGCAAAACUUACUCUCACUUUCUACAAAAGAUCUCGAGGUGAAUCCCUCACGCUGUGGAAAGGAUCGAAUCUGCGGCUCCAUAAAUAUAGACCUUCACCCUACGGAUAUCAACGCCGCAGACACUUACCAUUACACCUUUGUGUGUUUACGGGACAUUGGCGCGUGCGCCGCCUUUGAAGGCUCGCACCGCGCCAUGGCCGAUCAGAUUCGGCAGUUAGAUCUGAUCGACGGCUAUUGCCAAGUACUGAGCCCCGAAGAGCGCCGAGCUGUCUGUGUUCCCAGUAUUCGGGCGUGCCUCUUCUACGAGUUUCCCCGUCACCCAGUGCCGGGCAAGCUUCUAGUCGGGGCCAUAUUUGACGACCUCCCCAGGCUCACCCCGUUGCGCAACUUCAAUGCCCCGCUGGAGGUAGUGAGAAAGUGCGUGCUCAAGAUCUGCAAGACCGUGGAGUGGCUCGCAGACAAGGGCAUCGGCUGGGGCGGGAGUGUUGGCUACCCGGCCACGCACAAGGGCCAAGCGCUGCUCGACGCAGCUGUUGUGGAUGCAUUUGGCCGACCAUGGCUGAUGGAAGGCUUUACCGACAUCGAGGAAAAGAUUGCAAGCGACCGCUUGGCAGUUCAGUUACUUCGUGGCUCUUUCGAUUUGUUGGAAAUAGAGCAAAUAAACUAA